GCCUGGAGGUGUCUGAGCUGCCGGGCUCGUUUUCCGCGGGGGACUCGGACCUGGCCGGCUUCGUGGUGGGCGCGGUGGAGCGAGGGCAGGUGGCCCUGGGGCUGCAGAGAGCAGAGGAGGAGGAUGUGCUCCUUGGAGUGGCCUCCCCUGGCAUCCACGGCCGUGGCUUCGGCGCAGUCCGGAAGGUUCUCCUCGUGUCCUCCCUGCGCUGCUCGGCCCCCGCCCCCGGCGGCUGCGGGGACACCACGCUGGGAGAGGCUCUGCUGAGCCCAGCCAGGCUGUACAGCCCAGCCCUGCUGCCCCUGCUGCGCUCGGGCCACGUGAAGGCCUUUGCCCCCAUCGCUGAGGAGGGGCUGCUGGGAGCCAUCUCCAGGAUCCUGCCGGAGCACGUCAGCGCUGUUCUGGACGCUCUCAGCUGGAAGAUCCCUGAAAUCUUCUGCUGGCUUUACAAGGAGGGGAACCUCUCUGCAGAGGAGAUGGCCCAGAGCUUUCCCUGCGGGCUGGGGGCGGUGCUGGUGGUGCAGCAGGACCUGGCCCAGCACGUGCUGGGGGCCCUCCGGCGGCGUGAGGAGGCCUGGCUCAUCGGGAAGGUGGUUGCCCCUUGUCACACAGGAGGCUCCCACAUCCAGGUGGAGAACCUGGUGCAGGCCCUGCAGCUGGGCAGCCCCCAGGGCCUGCUGGGGGACACCACUGAGCACACUCAGCACCAGCCCAGGAAGGAAAAGGUGAAAGUCGCAGUUCUCGUCUCUGGAACAGGCACGGCCCUCCCUGCGCUCAUCGCUUACACCAGGGAGCCAGGCAGCUGUGCCCAGGUGGUGCUUGUCAUCUCCAGCAAGUCUGGUGUGGAGGAACUCCGGAAUGCAGCCCGGGCUGGAAUUCCCACCAGGGUGAUUGACCACAAGUUAUACGGGAGCCGCUCAGAGUUCGACAGCACCAUCGACCGAGUGCUGCAGGAGUUCUCUGUGGAGCUGAUCUGCCUGUCAGGGUUUAGGAGGAUUUUGUCCAGCCCUUUCCUCCGGAAAUGGAGAGGGAAAAUUUUGAAUGCUUCUCCAUCACUUUUUCCACUCAUCAAGGAUGGAAAUGCCCCUCAGGAGCCCCCCCAGAGUGGAUUCAAGGUCACAGGGUGCACUGUGCAUUUUGUCCUGGAGGAGCCCGGCCCCAGAGCCGUGAUCCACCAGGAGCCCAUCGCGGUGCGGGCCGAGGAGCCGGAGCAGACGCUGUGGGAGCGGCGGAGGGAGGCCGAGAGCCGAGCCCUCCCCGUGGCCCUGCAGCUCGUGGCCAGCGGGGCCGUGAGCCUGGCAGCCGAUGGGAGAACCUCCUGGAAACGGGAGAGCCAAAAUCUGGGACUGCCCGGGGAGAAGGGAGAUUGCACGUCCUCCCUCGUGGCUCCGGAGCCUCUGGAGCGCGGGGGGGAGUAGGCAGGGGACGAGGGGCUUGUUCCUGCUCACCUUCCCUCCUCCCUCCUGCUCCUGAGCUUCUCUCUGAUGGAUCCACCUCUCAGGUUUCCUCUCCCAGCCUCUUCCCUCAACUCCCAGCUUUCCUUACACUCCUCUUGGAAAAGCAGUGGUGGAAGCCAAGCUGUGUUUUCAGAUCUGGAAUUUCUUGGUUGUGUUCUCUGGUCUGGGAAGGACAGGACGAGUCACAGGGAGG